AUGACACGACCACCCGGAAGAUCUGGACAGACAUUAGCUCUACUUUUACUCACCUCAUUAAUUCAGCUGGGCUUUGCACAGUUUGAUAGUACGGCCUGCGGUCGUAAUAAAGGAUGUCUGUUUCAACCUAAUGGGUGUGAUCCUGGAAGUAACUGUCAAACAUCAUUCUCUUAUACGAUCGACGGAGACUCCAUGGAUAUGGAGAUUGCAGGAUUAGCUGGGGACAACAGUUAUGUGGCUAUUGGUUUCUCAGAUGAUAGCGGAAUGGGAGAUGAUACUGUUGUCUUCUGUGGACAAAUGAAUGGUGGUGCUGUCUCUGGAUUAGGUUACAACAGAGGUAAAUCGAACAUUGUUCUUGAUAUCCCUGGCGUCCAGGAGGUUAUUAGAACUCAAGCUGCUAAUGGGAACGUUUAUUGCCGCAUUAAACAAAAACUGAAUCCCGGUGAGAGUAACGUGAAGAACUUGAAUGGACAGUUCUACAUUCUAUCCGCUAGAGGACCUAUGAGCAUGCAAGACUCUCGACCAGUACUGCAGUAUCAUUCUACGAAAUUUAUUUCUCCUUCCACUAACUUGCGAGUCUAUACUACUGGCGGAGUUGAUCAAUCUCAAGCAUUGAACGACAGUGGGAAUGCACCCAAGACUAAAGUUCAGAAGUUAAAAAUGGCACAUGGAAUUCUCAUGCUCUUGGCUUGGACUGUGUUCUUCACCACAGGUAUUCUGUUCGCUCGCCACUUCCGCGAUCACUGGCCUAAGGGAGUUUUCCUCGGUGUAAAAAUGUGGUUCAAUCUUCAUCGAACUUUGAACAUGGUGGGAAUAGCAGCCACUAUCUGCGGCUUUGUUUGUAUUUUUGUCGCGAACGAUUGGGUUUGGACAGGACCAAAGGCAACACAGACGAAAGAACAAAAUCAACAAUGGGGAUCUAUUCAUUCGAUUCUCGGGCUCUUGGCUUGCGUAGUUGCUUGGGCUCAGCCACUUAAUGCUGUCUUCAGAUGCAACCCCGAUGCCAAAGCUCGUUUCAUUUUCAACUGGAUUCAUCGAUUUUUAGGAGCUGGAGCUUGGCUAAUGGCAGCCGCUGCCAUCAUGAUUGCUUGUGUUCAUUUCAAGGGAAUGUUCAGCAACCGUGAUGCCGCAUUAGGUAUCUACAUAGCGUUCAUUGCCGCUGUUGGAGUCACUCUGAUACUUUUGGAGUUGUUGAAGUUCAAGAGUUGGUACUCAAACAGAGGCAGAGUAGGAGCUGAAAUGGAAAUGGUUCGAAUGGGAGGAGCUCACGGUCGAUCUGAAGUUGUUACAAUCGAUCCCAAAAUUCAAAAAAUACAAUCUCUCAUCAUGUUGCUAUGUACAUUGAUAGCUAUCGGUGCCGGUGUCGCGAUUUCGAUUUUAAUUGGACUUUCUUAA